ACCCGCCAAUUGUAGCAGCCAGCCAGGGAUUAGCUCCUCAGAUUAAAGUGGCCAGAUCGCCCGUCUCAACCUAAUCCCGCCAUCUGUCAGAGAGCAAGCGACCAGGCGCCUCUCUCAUCUCAGGGCCAAGAAGAAGAAAGAAGCAGCAGCACCAUGGACGAAACGUACCUCCUCAAGCAUCCCGGCGUGAAGAAGAAGAUUCUAGCUGGAGGAACUGGCCCGCUGCCUCACUUCCCACCUGGGACCAAGCUGGUUUUCCAUUUCCAGACACUGCUGGACAACUUUGAGCGUACAGUGGUGGAUGACAGUCGACUGGCUAGCCGGCCUGCAGAGAUCUUUGUGGGCAAGAUGUUCAAGUUGGAGGUGUGGGAGACGCUGCUCACAUCCAUGCGGGUCGGAGAGGUGGCUGAGUUCUGGUGUGAUGCCGUUCACACAGGUUUGUACCCCAUUGUGUCAAAGGGGAUGCGGCUGAUUGCUCAAGGCAAAGACCCCCUGGAGGGCCAGAGGCACAUGUGCGGCAUGGGGAACCUCUUCCACUAUCAUUCCACUGGCUUCCCGGAGCUGGAUGAGCUCAUGAGAACGCCGCAGUCGCUUAUCUUCAUCAUGGAGCUGCUACAGGUGGGCGAUCCCAUGUCCUACCACAGAGAGUCGUGGAUGAUGGAGAAGGACGAGAAGCUGAGCACGGUUCCCCUCCUCCACAUGAGGGGCAACGCCAUGGUCAAGCAGCGGCAGUUCCGGGAAGCGGCCAGCGAGUACAAGGAGGCCGUGCUGCUGCUUAAAACGGUCCAGUCCAGGGAGAUGCCGGGUGACGUGGAUUACAUGAACUUGGCGCGUAUGAUCAUCCCCCUGGAGUUGAACUACUGCCAGUGUAUGCUGGAACUGCACGAGUACUACCAGGUGAUCGAGCACACCAAUGAGCUGCUGGACAAACACAAAGACUGCGUGAAAGGUUAUUAUAAGCGAGCCAAGGCCCACGCGGCCGUGUGGAACGAGAAGGAAGCACGCCGCGAUUUCAACAUGGUAGCCCACCUGGACCCCACGCUGGCCUCGCUGGUCCACCGAGAGCUCAACGCCUUGUCGGAGUGCAUGAAGGAAAAGUACUGGGAGGAGAAGGACGCCUACUGGAAUAAGCUAGAAGCCAAAGACGAAAAAGAGGAGGAGGAAAAGGUGGAUGAGGAAGAAGAGAAUAAGGAUGCUCAGGAUGGAGAUGAAGGCGGGAAGGACGACAGAGAUGAUAAGCCGGAGGGGAAGGACUGGCAGCAGAUGUUACGUCUGGUGAUGCUGCUGCAGGAGCAAGGAAAGGUUCUGAUGAAAGGAAAAGUUUUCCAAGAAGCAGCUUCAAAGUUCAAGGAGGCCUUAGAUUAUGUGGACUUCCUUCAAAAUAAGCAGGUGCAUCGAGGUGAUGAAGACUGGGAAUCUUUGGAGAAAGUGCGCCUGCCUCUCACUCUCAACCUGAGCCAGUGCAUGCUGGAGCUCCAACACUACCAGCAAGCGGUGCAGCUCAAUGACAAGUUGCUGGAAAGCCAUCAAGGUCAUUUCAAGGCGCUCUAUCAACGCGCUCGGGCGCACGCCGCCUUGUGCAACAACGAGGAAGCUCGGCGGGACCUGGCCGCCGUGGAGAAGCUGGACCCCCAGUUCAAGCCGUUUGUCCGCCAGGAGCUGAAGAAGCUGGGUGAGAACCUCCGCAGCAUGCACGCUCAACAGAAGAGGACGUACUGGGACGCCACACGUGAGAAGUGGGGGCCUGGACAGGCCCGACAGAAGAGCGUCACGCGGGGUAGUGGCGAUAGCGAGGAGCAAGCGGACGACAUCAACCAAAGCUGUCAAACCAAGAAGGAAGAGGAAUCCGCCGAGGUUACGGAAGAUAACGGCGGUCCUGAUGAAGACGGCUGCACUCUGACCACCACCGCUGCUGUUAGCGAUAGCGUAGCCAGCGGGAGAUUGGCUUGAGAUAAAAGCACUGAGAUGGUCAAACGCCAACCAAGAGUGAUGGAACAAAAGCGUCCAAUGUGAUAGAACAGGAAAGGCGUGUCAGUCAAUCAGAAGAGGAAACAGGGAGCAAUAAAACAGAAACUACACAUGGAAAAAGUAUUGAUUUAGCCACAACCUAAUCUAAAGCUAAACACAAAGAGCAGAACUUGUACUUAUGAAGCUCUGUGAAGUUAUCCUCCUGCUCACACACUCACAUGCACACACAUACAUGAAUGAAGAGUUCAAGGACUUUUUCACACAGGGCCGGGUCGAUUUUGAAUAGC